AUGCUGGGCUCUGAUGACUUUUUCUAUGUUGGAGGCAGUCCUAGCACAGCAGACCUCCCAGGGUCACCAGUCAGUAACAACUUUAUGGGCUGUCUCAAAGAGGUUGUAUAUAAAAAUAACGAUGUCAGGUUGGAGUUGUCUCGACUUGCCAAGCAAGGAGAUCCUAAAAUGAAGAUUCAUGGGGUUGUAGCAUUUAAAUGUGAAAAUGUUGCAACCUUAGAUCCAAUCACAUUUGAAACACCGGAGUCUUUCAUCUCUUUGCCAAAGUGGAAUGCCAAGAAAACAGGUUCAAUAUCAUUUGACUUUCGCACCACUGAGCCAAAUGGCCUGAUUCUUUUCAGUCAUGGAAAACCAAGGCACCAAAAAGAUGCCAAACACCCACAAAUGGUGAAGGUGGACUUUUUUGCCAUUGAGAUGCUUGAUGGCCACCUUUACCUGCUGUUAGACAUGGGGUCAGGUACUAUAAAAAUAAAAGCCUUGCAGAAGAAGGUGAACGAUGGUGAAUGGUACCAUGUGGAUUUUCAACGGGAUGGACGGUCAGGGACCAUAUCUGUGAACACAUUACGUACACCAUAUACUGCACCUGGGGAAAGUGAAAUCCUUGACCUGGAUGAUGACUUGUAUCUUGGAGGUUUACCAGAAAACAAAGCAGGCCUUGUCUUCCCAACAGAGGUGUGGACAGCACUCCUCAAUUACGGAUACGUCGGCUGCAUUAGAGAUUUAUUUAUUGAUGGUCAAAGCAAAGAUAUUCGACAGAUGGCUGAAAUUCAAAGCACAGCUGGAGUAAAACCCUCAUGCUCAAGAGAAACUGCAAAACCUUGCCUUAGCAACCCCUGUAAAAACAAUGGUGUAUGCAGGGAUGGGUGGAACAGAUUUGUUUGUGAUUGCUCUGGUACAGGGUACCUUGGCAGAUCGUGUGAAAGAGAGGCGACCAUUUUAAGCUAUGAUGGAAGUAUGUUUAUGAAAAUACAGCUCCCUGUUGUGAUGCAUACAGAGGCUGAAGAUGUUUCUUUACGGUUCAGGUCUCAGCGAGCUUAUGGCAUUUUAAUGGCAACUACUUCUAGGGAAUCUGCCGAUACCCUGCGUUUAGAGCUGGAUGCGGGACGAGUUAAACUAACGGUCAACCUAGACUGUAUCAGGAUUAACUGUAAUUCCAGCAAAGGUCCAGAAACCCUUUUUGCUGGCUAUAACCUCAAUGAUAAUGAGUGGCACACAGUGCGUGUGGUUCGGCGAGGAAAAAGUUUAAAGUUAAUGGUGGAUGACCAGCAGGCCAUGACAGGUCAAAUGGCUGGUGAUCACACACGACUGGAAUUCCACAACAUAGAAACAGGAAUAAUAACAGAACGGCGUUACCUGUCUUCUGUGCCUUCUAAUUUCAUUGGGCAUCUACAGAGUCUUACAUUUAAUGGCAUGGCAUAUAUUGACUUAUGUAAAAAUGGAGACAUCGAUUAUUGUGAGCUAAAUGCAAGAUUUGGGUUCAGGAACAUCAUAGCAGACCCUGUAACCUUUAAAACAAAAGCAAGUUAUGUUGCACUGGCCACGCUACAAGCAUAUACAUCUAUGCACCUUUUUUUCCAGUUCAAAACAACUUCUCUGGAUGGAUUAAUACUUUAUAACAGUGGCGAUGGAAAUGAUUUCAUUGUGGUUGAAUUAGUAAAAGGGUAUCUACACUAUGUGUUUGACUUGGGAAAUGGUGCAAAUCUCAUCAAAGGAAGUUCUAAUAAACCUCUGAAUGACAACCAGUGGCAUAAUGUGAUGAUAUCAAGGGAUACCAACAAUCUCCACACUGUAAAGAUUGACACUAAAAUCACAACACAGAGUACAGCAGGAGCGAGAAAUUUAGAUCUUAAAAGUGAUUUGUAUAUUGGAGGAGUGGCCAAAGAAAUGUUUAAAUCCUUGCCAAAACUGGUGCAUGCAAAAGAGGGAUUUCAAGGCUGUCUUGCAUCAGUUGACUUGAAUGGACGACUCCCUGAUCUAAUCUCAGAUGCUCUCUUCUGCAAUGGGCAAAUAGAAAGAGGAUGUGAAGGCCCCAGCACAACAUGCCAAGAGGAUUCAUGUGCAAACCAGGGAGUGUGCUUGCAGCAGUGGGAUGGAUUCAGUUGUGACUGUAGUAUGACCUCCUUUAGUGGACCAUUAUGCAAUGACCCGGGAACAACAUAUAUCUUUAGCAAAGGUGGUGGACAAAUCACUUACACGUGGCCUCCUAAUGAUCGGCCAAGCACUCGUGCGGACAGACUGGCAAUAGGGUUUAGUACUGUUCAAAAAGAAGCUGUGUUGGUACGAGUGGACAGUUCUACUGGGCUGGGAGAUUAUUUAGAGCUGCAUAUCCACCAAGGAAAAAUUGGAGUUAAAUUUAAUGUUGGAACUGAUGACAUCGCUAUUGAAGAAAUCAACGCAAUCAUUAAUGAUGGAAAAUAUCAUGUAGUACGUUUCACAAGAAGUGGUGGCAAUGCCACAUUACAGGUGGACAACUGGCCAGUUAUUGAACGUUACCCGGCAGGGCGUCAGCUCACGAUCUUCAAUAGCCAAGCAACCAUUAAAAUUGGAGGCAAAGAUCGUGGCCAUCCUUUCCAAGGCCAGCUCUCUGGUCUUUACUACAAUGGCUUGAAAGUUCUGAAUAUGGCAGCAGAAAAUGAUGCCAACAUCGUGAUAGAAGGAAAUGUGAGGCUUGUUGGUGAAGUGCCUUCCUCUAUGACAACUGAGUCCACAGCCACAGCGAUGCAGUCUGAGAUGUCCACGUCAGUCAUGGAAACAACCACCACUUUGGCCACAAGCACUGCUAGAAGAGGAAAGACCCCAACAAAAGAACCUAUUGAUGACAUCCUGGUGGCCUCAGCUGAAUGUCCUAGUGAUGAUGAGGACAUUGAUCCCUGUGAGCCGAGCUCAGCAAAUCCUACCAGGGCAGGAGGAGGAAGGGAGUAUCCCGGCUCGUCUGAGGUGAUUCGUGAAUCCAGCAGCACCACAGGCAUGGUAGUUGGGAUCGUGGCAGCAGCAGCGCUGUGUAUCCUCAUCCUCCUGUAUGCUAUGUACAAGUACAGGAAUCGAGACGAAGGAUCGUACCACGUAGAUGAGAGUCGAAACUACAUCAGUAACUCAGCACAAUCCAAUGGGGCUGUGAUCAAGGAAAAACAGCCCAACAGCGCUAAAAGUUCCAACAAAAACAAGAAAAAUAAGGAUAAGGAGUACUAUGUCUGAUCUCAACACCUGAGAGAACGCUUGUAUAGAAAUAGUCUUCAUUUUAUCUGAGACAUAAUACAAACUUAUUUAUUUUACUUUUUAUGAAGCACAUUCAAAAACAGACAAACAAACAAGACAGGGAAUGCAAUCAGAAAGGAAAGACUGUUUUUAAAAACAAGCAUUUCAUGCUCUUGUUUUUCACAAACAGGAGCUGAUAAAUUCCCUAACAUCCACAGUGUUUUCAUUUACUCUGCCUGUCUUUAUGUUGCUGGAACAUUUCUGAAAGACAAUGAUGACACCACGCAUUCAUAAAGCAAGGAGUAUUACUACAACAUCAAGGCACAAUAUGAAACAAAACAAAUUAAAAACAAAACAAAACAG